GAGAGAGAGAGAGAGAGGGGGGUGCAAAAGGAAAAUUGCACAAUCCGUCAAAGCUCCCUAGCGCGCGGAUCUUUCGACGGCUGCACCAUUCAUUUGGACGGUCGGAAAGAAAGCUGAUGUCAGACCUACUUUCCUGUCCCUGCUUUAAAUACUGCAUUCUUCAUGCCAGUUGGCCGAGCCUGCUGACAGUGGAACAUAUUGCCGCCUCAACAGAAAACGACACCCUUCCUGAGCCUUCAUUGGCCGCUUAGCUGGGAAUAUCAACUGUGGGGCUGGUCAGAAAGAACGAGCAUGUUCAGCACGCGGGCACUCACGCUCCUGUCCUCUGUGUUUGGGGCUUGCGGCCUGCUCCUGGUGGGCGUGGCUGUGUCCACAGACUAUUGGCUGCUGAUGGAGGAGGGCGUGGUUCUGCAGCAGAACCAGAGCAUGGAGGUCAGGAUGGCCCUGCACUCUGGCAUGUGGAGGGUCUGCUUCGUGGCAGGACCUGAAAAGGGGAGAUGUGUAGCAUCGGAAUACUUCACCACUGAAGCUGAGAUAGACAUCGUGACCGAAAACACUGCAAAUAUACUAAAGAUGGUACGGACGGCCACACCGUUCCCCAUGGUUUCGCUGCUUUUCGUCUUCACCGCCUUCGUCAUCAGUAACAUCGGACACAUCCGGCCCCAGCGCACCAUCCUAGCCUUCAUCUCUGGAAUCUUCUUCAUCCUCUCAGGGCUGAGCCUGGUGGUGGGCCUGGUCCUCUACAUCAGCAGCAUCAACGACGAGGUGAUGAACCGGCCACGUGAGCCCGAGCACUUCUUCCACUACCACUACGGCUGGUCCUUCGCCUUCGCUGCCAGCUCCUUCCUCCUCAAAGAGGGGGCUGGGGUGAUGUCAGUGUACCUCUUCAUGAAGCGCUACGCCGAGGAGGAGAUGUACCGGCCCCACCCAUCCCUCUACCGCCCCCGCCUGUCCGAGUGCAGCGACUACAGCGGCCAAUACCUUCAUCCCGAGUCGUGGCCACCUCCAAAGAGGGGCCGCAGCGCGUCUGAAGUCUCCAGCGACAUCUCCAUCCAGCUGAACCAGACGCCCCCGCCGCCCAAGGGCAGCUCCAUGCAGCAGCAGCAGGCCCCGUCCUCUGGCCCCUCCUCGGGCUCCAGCUACCAGCCGUCCUCCUCCUCCUCCUCCUACCCCCACCACUCCAUGUCCUCCCACCCCCUCCACUCCAGCCACCACACCAUGUCCUCCCACCCCAGCGGGCCCCCUCCCCAGUCCAUGCCCAUGGCCAUGCCCCCCUCUGCCCAGCCCCCUCCCCGAUACCACCAACACAUGCACAUGAGUGCCUCGCCGUGCUAGAAGGGGGGAGUGAGGGAUGAGGUAGGGAGGGGAGGGGGGGAUAGACAGAGCAGGGGUUGGCUCUGUCGUACAUCCAACACACAGAGACAGAUGCAAACACACACACACACACAUGCACACAUACGUGCACACACAGAAGUGUGGGAGGAGAGAUGGAAGAGGUGAGGAAGGAAGGAUAUUUAGGAGAUCAAGAGAAAGAAGGGAAUGAACGAAGGAAAGAAAACGAGAUGGGUGGAGGAUGAUUCACAAUGGAUGCUGUGCUUAAAAUGAAGACAGAUAUUCUAAAAGAGGGAGAGAGAGAGGGAGGGAUAUGAUCAUCAUUUACACAAUAAGAAAAAGAGGGAGGAGGGGGGGGGGUUAUAAGAAAGGGUGAUGCUGUUUCAGAAGAAAAAUAAUUUUGCAUUUCAAGCACUAACACACACAAGAAUCAAGAACAAAUUGUAUAUGCAUAGAAAUUUAUACUUAAACUGUAUAGACAUUUUUCUUUCUCUUAAGUCCUGGAAAAACAAAUGUUGAAAUCUUAACCAUGUUUGUCUUUCAUGAGAUGUGUAUUCCUGUAUGAUUAGUUCUAUCAUUUCAUUCAUCGUUUGUAUUUGAGAGGCAAGAAUUGUGAGUACAAAGACGGAAAUCUGAGACAUCUGAAGAUCAUUCAGGGUUCUGUGACUUAUCUGCACAUACUGUAACAUCUCAGACUCCGCAAGGGUUCCAAAAUGGUUCUUCGGCUUUCCCCAUAGGACAACCCUUUUUGGUUCCAUGUAAAAUCCUCUGUGAAAAGGGUUCGACAUGGAUUCUAAAAGGGGUCUAGCUGGAACCAAAAGGGUUCUACCUGGAAAGAAAAAGGGUUCUUCUCCAAUGAGGACAGUCUUUAGGUUCUAGCUAGCAUCUUUUGUGUGUGUGUGUGUGUGUGUGUGUGUGUGUGUGUGUGUGUGUGUGUGUGCGUGCGUGCGUGCGUGCGUGCGUGCGUGCGUGCGUGCGUGCGUGCGUGUGUGUGUGUGUAUAAAUGUCCAGGUCAUAGGCUUCAGCAUCCAUUAAAAAAAAACACUUGAAUUGUUGUUUCAUGUUUUUGACUAAAAUGUCAUGGUAACAAAGAAAAUCCAUAACUUUCCAUCAUUUAGGAAUAUUUAUUUCUGAGAGUAUAAAAAAAAGCACCCAUUUUACUACGAAGAAUGAGAGCCUAUUUGCAGAUUCCAUGAGACAUAUGAUCCUCCUUUGAUUGCUAAUUAGCUUGAGUGUUCAUAUUCUGUAGCACAUGGCUGCUUACCAGUAGAGUAUCUUCCUUCUAUUCAUAGUUACCAAAAGAGCUUCCCAUACAGCAAUGGAGUAGAUUGAUGAAGUAAAGACUGUUUGUUUUGAAAUGUUUACUUUUCUCCUUCUGACUGUGACUCGGUAUAUAUAAUACAUGCUGCCUAUGUAGCCUACCUAAUGCACAACAUGUUUACAUUCUAUUCUGAUGUUUAUUGGUAUCCUUAUACUAAAUGCAACACACACACACACACACACAAACCAGCUGCCACAGUCCUGCUAUAACUACAUUUACUACUAUUUCUACUACUAAUAUCAAAAGAAAGAUUGUGACCAUUAUCAUUAUCUAUGUUUAUAAACAUCUGUAUUAUAAUAAUGUAAGUAAAUGCAACUAUAUAUGAAUAUAUAAUAAAACCAUAGAGGAUGUGUGAGAAAGAAAGUGAGAGGUUGAUAAGAGUUUAACAAUGUCUAAUAUAAAGCACAGAAAUCAACAUUGAGUGUACCAAACAUUAGAAACCCCUCCUCCCUCCUCAAUUUGUCGGGGCGGGGACUCUACAAGGUGUCGAAAGUGCUCCACAGGGAUGCUGAACCAUGUUGACUCCAACGCUUCCCACAGUUGGGUCUCGUUGGCUGGAUGUCCUUUGGGUGGUGGACCAUUCUUGAUACACACAGGAAACUGUCGAGCGUGGGAUAACCCUGCUACCAUAGCCCUGUUCAAAGGCACUUACAGUACGUAUUUUGUCUUGCCCGUUCACCCUCUGAAUGGCACACGUACACCAUCCAUGUCUCAAUUAUCUCAAAGCUUAAAAAUCCUUCUUUAACCCGUCUCCUCCCCUUCAUCUACACUGAUAGAAGUGGAUUAAACAAGUGACGUCAAUAAAGGAUCAUCGUUUUCACCUGGUCAAGUCUAUGUCAUGGAAAGAGCAGAUAUUCUUAAUGCUUUGUAUACUCAGUGAAUUUCACAAUAGCGUCUCUUAGUGAAUGAAGGUCUAAACGAGAGCAAAACAUGUCCAAUGGGUCUCUGUAGCGCCACCUAGUGCUUUUGUUGUGAGUCUGAUUGCUCUCCAUCGAGGUUGAACGUUGCCUUUUGUGUCAUGACAUUGCUCAUUUCUUCCAGCGAACCGAUAGCAAUUCUGGACUUGGGGGAUAGAAGAACGACUUAUAACAAAGUCUUGCAAUAUCUGCCUACAAAUAGUGAACUAAUUCCCGAUCAAUGUACAGUCAUUUCAAUUUGAGACAUUGAACUGCAUUCCAAUUGUUUUCCUAGUAUGAUGUGGUUGUUUCUCCGAAUUCCAGAUCUUUUCAUGCGACCAGAAAACUUGAUCAAAUGUUUUUUAAUAUCUAUAUUGGUAUUUUUUUUAUGUAGCAGAUGCACAUACACAUGUGAUGAGUGGUAGCAUUCGUUUGUUUGGGACCCAGGACAGCGAUGUACAGCCAAUAAUAUAGUAUAGAGUCAAAUAUAUGAACGCAUUAGCAAACAGGACUGGCUCCUGCUGGAGGGAAAACUAUAACAAAAUAAUAUUUGUAGCUUGUUCUGUAAUCAUAAUAGGUAGAAUAGUGUAGUGGUGUAGUUUUAUUAACUCUAUAGUGUAAAAUAUAGUAGGCCUAUUCUGAUUUGGUGUGAGAGGUUGAUUAAGAGAGAGCGGGAGAGAGAGAGAGAGAGAGAGAGAGAGAGAGAGAGAGAGAGAGAGAGAGAGAGAGAGAGAGAGAGAGAGAGAGAGAGAGAGAGAGAGAGGUGAAAGGGGUAGCUAUAAGAAUUGUAUCACAUUUUAUGUUGUCAAUGAAAUAUCAUCAUCCUGUUGUUUUCCCUCAUUAUACUACUCUGCUAAAUUGAGGUUUCCUUUCAGAGAGCCAUGUCUUGACUAGACCGUGAAUGUUAUUGGAGUUGAGGACGAUUGUGGUUUUUCCGUAGCUCAAGUGAGAUUCAUUGAUUUCCUCAAGCUCCUACUAUUGCCUUCACUUGUUUCUCCUCUUGCUUACCACCCCCGGUAAAUCCUACCUUUUUGAACUUUAUUGAUCAUUUGUCUUGGUUUGUCUCUCAAAUCCCCGUUAAUGUAAUGUGGGGCAGACUUGUUCCACCUGUCUCUUCUCUUUCUCGGCCUCGUUUUUCACUCUUUCUCCAUUUCUUUCUUCUUCUGUUAAGGCACUCUCUUAGAACCUGUCUUUGAGCUUAUUAAAAUGAACUGUGCCUAACAACAGUAGCGGAGAUCAAAGCUAUUAAUUAUUAUCAAGAUCAUUAUAUAAGUCUUAUUGUUGUUACUAUUAUUAUUAGUGUAAAUAUGUUGCCCAUAUUUACCACAAAAUCAACGGUUUAAUGGUAAUAAUGACAAUAAUGACAUUUUCUUUUUGCUAAGCAAUGCACUAAUGAAUCUGAAGAGAUUGUUCAUACCUGAGAUACCAUUUGCUAUUGGAUCGAUGCCUGGGGGUUACUGACUAACGUCAUUGUUCCACAACAAAUGAAUAAAUCCUAGAGGUAAACCUGUGUGUGCUUAAUGUUUGUGGUCAGAUGUCUGGCACACACAAUCACACACACACAAAACACACACAAUCACACACACACAAACACAAUCACACACACACAAACACAAUCACACAAACACAAUCACAAACACAAUCACACACACAAACACACCUACCACUGAUGUCAGGAACUUUUAGAGCUGAAAAGAUCAACAUGGCUAAACUAUAUUGAGAUGAAAUCCUGUUUGCACACUGGUGUAGAGAACGAAUAGCAUGACUGGAGACUGACAUACUCAGUAUCUUGGUAAUGUCCCCUGCUAUUGUGUUUUAAUCCAAAGCUCUGCUUAUUUAAAGCCAUACGAAAUGUAGCAGUUCUGUGUGUGUGUGUGUGUGUGUGUGUGUGUGUGUGUGUGUGUGUGUGUGUGUGUGUGUGUGUGUGUGUGUGUGUGUGUGUGUGUGUGCGUGCGUGCGUGCGUGCGUAUGUGCGUAUGUGUGUGUGUCUGUGUGUGUGUAAUGGUGUUAAUGGGUGUUACGAUGUUUUACGUGUGUGUGAACUGUGUGUAGUGUGUGGACCAGAAGUCUCCACAAGAAUAGUACCAAACAAAAAUUGGGCCAACUGGGGACAUUUUGUUGGCCCCCCCACGAGAUCAAAUGCUAUUUCUAGGGGGUUUAGGGUUAAGGUUAGAAUUAGUGUUAGGGUUAGAAUUAGGUUUAGGGUUAGGAGCUAGUGUUAGGUUUAGGGUUAAGGUUAGGUUUUUGGGUUAAGGUUAGGGUUAUGAUUAGGGUAAGAGUAUGGUUUAGGGUUAGGAAAAAUAGGAUUUUGAAUGGGACUGAAUUGUUGGUCUCCACAAGGUUAGCUAUACAUUACUGUGUGUGUGUGUGUGUGUGUGUGUGUACAGCGGUGGGUGGAGUUUGUGAUUUGGAGGCCCCAGGCAGAGGCCAGUCUGAGGCCCCCAUGGGUUUUAUAGUAUAGUUUUAAAGUAGCUGAUACAUUGUGACAAAAUACACCAUAUUACCAACGAUUGUUCUAUCUGUGAUAUUAACAGUGGUGACCUGUUUAGCAAAAAAAGAGUGUGCAAAGCUGUCAUCAAGGCAAAGGGUGGCUACUUUGAAGAAUCUCAAAUAUAAAAUAUAUUUUGAUUUGUUUAGCACUAUUUUGGUUACUACAUGAGUUGAAUGAGUAGGUGUGUCCAAACCGUUGACUGGUACUGUAUAUAUGUUUUUUGUUGUUGCUUGUUAUUUUGGCAUUAAUACGUGUCACAUAUCAGUUUCCAAACAAGGCAAAAAAAAUCAUCAUUGAGUUAAUAAAGCCGCAUACAAACAUGGUC